AUGGAUGAUGAUGGGGGGGUUGGUGAUGAAUUUGUACUAGAUGAAGGUAUAGAAGAUAACCCAUUUGAAGGUGACAGCUUAUUGCCAAAACCUAAAUUACCAAUGCAGGUUCCAAAACAUGAAAUUGAAGAAAAACCGAAAGAAAUUAUUAAACAAAGAACCGAUAAUUUAGAAGACGACUUUGUGAUUGACGAGGAUAAAAAGCAGCCUGAAAAGUCAUCAAUCUCUGUACAAAAUUCUCAAAAGAAUUCAAAAGUCGCAUCAAACGUUCCUUCUCAGGCGCAAUCUCCUGCACCAGAAGUAGACGAGUUUGAUGAUGACUUUAUAUCAGAUGAAAAUGAGCAAGAAGAAAAAGUCGUAAAGCCUACAAUAAUCAAACCUAAAUUAGAAGAAAAAUUACCACCUGUUUGUAUAAAGCAGCCAAAAUCUACAAAAACAAAGAUUCCUGUCAAAAUUUCAAAUCCAAUUCCAAAACUUUCUUCCCCUGUUUCUAAAAAGGAAGAAUUUCAAGAUGAUUUUGAAGAUUUUGAAGAUGAAGGACAGCAAACGAAGGAAGAAGAAAUUAAUAAAAAUAAAAUCCCAGAACCGCAAAUCUUGGAAGAAAAGCCUGUUGAAUUACCACAAAUAGAACCCAAAAUUGAAGAAUCUCCUGUUGAAAAGCAAGAAAUUCCAGAAAAACCGAAAGAUGAAGCAGAAAUACAAAAUCAUGAAAAUUUUGAAAUUGAGAAUCAUCAAAACGAACCCAGUUUCUUUCUCACGGAGACAAAUGCAACAGCAUAUCACUCUCCUCCACCUCAAGAUCAAGACUUUUCAGAUGAUUUCGAAGAUUUCGAAGCCCAAAGAGCCCCCGACACUCCCAAAGAAGAACCAAAGGAAGUACACCACGAAGAGGAAGAGAUUGACAUUGAGCCAGAGGAAGAAAAGCCAUAUAAAGUCGAAAAAGUCUACACAGAAGAUGAAAAACAUCUUUCUGACAUUUCCAGACGUUUGCUUUCUUUCAUGAAUUCUCUAAUUAUGUUUGGUGCCUCCAACAUUGGUUCCAUCAUCCAAGAACCCAACGAGCGCCUUGGCGAGAUGAUGGAGCGCAUGCAGAGCCAGUUCAAGUGGUACAUGGAAGACGCGAUUUCUGCCGCCUCGAAUCCUGAGCAGAUAAGGAUGCGGAAACUGGUUGAAGCGAAGAACAGUAUCAAGCAGCGGAUCACAGACGAGAAGAAGAGGAACCAGGAGCUGAAAGCCAGGCUGAGGGAAAUCAACCGGAGUUUCAAAAAUCCAAAUCAAACAAAUAACUCUCUGAAGUCUGACGUGAAAUCUUACGCGGCUCAGUUGAAGAAUAUGAUAGGAAAGAUACAGCAAAUACACAAAGAGCAGAGAGAUAUAAUCACUGAGAACUCACAACUCGAGCAGAAGCUGAAGGAGAUGUCACAAGUCGAUGCAGAUAAAAAUGGGCAAGAAACAAGUGAGCAGAGAGAAAAAAACUCUAAAUUAGAAGUAGACACACAGGAAUUAAACUUUAGAUAUAAACAGUCAAUAGCAAAGAUGGAACAAUCAAUUGUGGAAGCACAGGAACCUGUGACAAGAUUACAGGCAAGGUUGGAUGACUUGGAAAAGAGAAUUAUGAUACUGACAAAACCAAAACAGAUGACAAGUAGAAAACCUGCAGCAAAACAUAGUCAAGGAAUAACACCAAAGCUAUCGAGAAAUAGAUUUCACUAA